GGGCAGCUUCUCGUCUUCCCCUUGGCGUCCUCAUGCCUCGGCAGUGCCCCGGCGCCUUCCCUUCGCCCCGGGCGCAGUAGCCAUGGCCGCGGUGGCAGUCCUCCGGAACGAUUCCCUCCAGGCUUUCCUCCAGGACCGCACCCCCAGCGCCUCCCCAGACUUGGCCAAGCACUCGCCCCUGGCGCUUCUGGCCGCUACUUGUAGCCGAAUCGGGCAGCCGGGCGCAGCGCCCUCGGAUUUCCUGCCGGUCUCCUACGACCCGACGCUGGGAUCCCCCUCUAGGAUCUUCCACCCGUGGAGCGGCGAGAUGCCAGCGCACUCCCCGGGAGGGCUGCCGCCGCCGCAUCCCAGCUUGGGGUUGACCCCUCAGAAGAACCACCUGCAACCCUCCUUCGGGGGUUCUCACGAACUGCCUCUCACCCCCCCGGCUGACCCCUCCUAUCCCUACGAGUUCUCCCCCGUCAAGAUGCUGCCCUCCUCUAUGGCCGCCCUGCCGUCCAGCUGCCCGCCCGCCUACGUCCCCUACGCCGCCCAGGCCGCCCUGCCGCCCGGGUACUCCAACCUGCUGCCGCCCGCCCAGCCCUGCCGGCAACUGUCGCCCAACCCGCCGCCCGAGGACAUCCCCUGGUGGAGCAUCCAGCAGGCCAGCGCCCCGGGCGGCUGCGGCCACCGCUUCCCCGCAGCGGCGGCGCUGCCGCGGAGCCUGGUGCUGGGGCACUCGGACUUCGCUCAGUACCAGACGCAGAUCGCCGCCCUGCUGCAGACCAAGUCUCCCCUGGCGGCAACGGCCAGGAGGUGCCGCCGCUGCCGCUGCCCCAACUGCCAGUCGGCCGCGGGCAGCGCCCCUGAGGCGGAGCCGGGCAAGAAGAAGCAGCACAUCUGCCACAUCCCCGGCUGCGGCAAGGUGUACGGCAAGACCUCGCACCUGAAGGCGCACCUGCGCUGGCACACGGGCGAGCGGCCCUUCGUCUGCAACUGGCUCUUCUGCGGGAAGAGCUUCACCCGCUCCGACGAGCUGCAGCGGCACCUGCGGACUCACACGGGCGAGAAGCGCUUCGUCUGCCCCGAGUGCGGGAAGCGCUUCAUGCGCAGCGACCACCUGGCCAAGCACGUCAAGACCCACCAGAACAAGAAGCUGAAGGCGGCGGCGGACGGCGUCAAGCGGGAGGACAGCCGCGACCUGUGACCGCCGGGACAGCCGGUGGCUGCUGCCUCCGCGGGCCGAGCCGAGCCGAGCCGAGCCGCGGCGGGACCCGGGCCGGGGGGCGUUUCUCCGCCGGGGGCAGGGCGGCGGGGAGAGGGCGGCUGGCUCUCGGACUCUCGCCGGGCACGUCGAGCAGUACCCCGGCUGGGGGCGGCCCCCGCGGACCCUCAGGCCCAGGACUGGACGCUCAUAGGGCCCCGGGGCCGUGGCCGCUCUGGAGCGCGGCUGAGGGGGGGAGCCGGGCACUGGGGCACGAGCGGGCCGGCCGCGGGGGUCGAGGCUUACAGACACCUCGGGGUGAGGUGACAGCGCCGGUGUGGCCGUGCUGGGGCUCGGCCUUCGUGCUUUCAGGGUAACAGACUGAAGUUUUGUGUACAGGUUAUUUAAUAGUUACGUUUGAAUACACGUGUUCCCCUCCGUCUUCGACCCCGCGCGGGGUCUAGCAUGAGAUGUUUCUGUAAAGCGACCCGCGACCGCAGCGUGAAAUAAACACGUUCACACCGGGGUCAGCA